CGACGAGAGAACGAUAAUCUCUUCUUCCUCCGGCGAAAGAAGCCUCUUCCGCCUUUCUCUUCCAAACUCUCAUCAUCGCCAUGUCUCCUUAAAAUCAAUUCUUCGUCAUCUGUAAAUCACUAAAUCAUCCGCCGUUAAUUCCAGGCCGUGUUUUUUAUUUAAUCUCCAGAAUCUAAUCUCCGUCUGAUUCUCCAGAGUUUUUGACCUAAGUAAUGUGAUUUUAUUUUUCCGAUCUCUGUUUCAUUUUCAAAAUCGAGGAAGAUCGAUUGGAUUAGUGUUGAUAUAGGUUUAAUCGUAAUUGUUGUAAAAAAAAAAAGGAUUUGACGGUCAGUUAGUUGUGAAAUCUCUCAAAGGUUUCUUUAAGCUUUUUCGUUGACUUUUUUUUUUGAGAUUGAUGCUGGAUCUCAAUCUCGACGAGGUUUCCGGUGCUGUUGUGAAUCAGAUGGAUGAAUCAGUGACGUCGAACUCUUCUCUAGUCAAUGCUGAAGCUUCCAGUUGUAUCGAUGGUGAAGAGGAGAUGUGUUCGACACCUGCAGUGAAGUUUCAGUUUGAGAUACUGAAGGGAGGAGGAGGAGGGAGAGAAGAAGAUGUGAUGAUGACUAAGGAGUUCUUUCCUGUUGCUAAAGGUGGGGAUGGAGAUGGUGUGAGUUUUGUGGAUUUGAGUGGGCAGAGUUCGAGGAGCUCUGUUGAUAUUUCUUUUCAGAGAGGGAAUCAAGGGGGUGACUUUCUUGGUGGAGAGGCUGCGAGGGGGAUGCAGCCACCAGCACAGCCGGUGAAGAAGAGUAGGAGAGGGCCUAGGUCUAAGAGUUCGCAGUAUAGAGGUGUUACUUUUUAUAGGAGGACAGGCAGAUGGGAGUCGCAUAUCUGGGAUUGCGGUAAACAAGUUUAUUUAGGUGGAUUUGACACUGCCCAUGCUGCAGCUAGGGCGUAUGAUCGAGCUGCUGUCAAGUUCAGGGGUUUGGAGGCUGAUAUCAAUUUCGUUAUCGGUGAUUAUGAAGAGGAUCUCAAGCAGAUGGCGAAUCUAUCUAAAGAGGAAGUUGUGCAAGUACUCCGGCGUCAGAGCUCUGGUUUCUCUAGGAAUAAUUCAAGAUAUCAAGGAGUUGCGUUACAGAAGAUUGGCGGGUGGGGAGCUCAAAUGGAGCAGUUAAAUGGAAGCAUGGCUUAUGACAAAGCGACAGCCCUGAAAUGGAAUGGAAGGGAGGCUGCUUCUUUAAUCGAGCCUCAUUCAUCCCGGAUUAUUCCGGAGACAGCUAAUGCUAAGCUCGACCUCCAUUUGGGAAUCUCUCUUUCACUGGGAGAUAGUCCAAAGCAAAACCUUAACAAUAUCGUAUGUGGAAGGAACUCCAAGAUGGAGAACCACAUGGCUGCAGCGACUUGUGAUGCACCUUUCAAUUUCUUGAAGAGGGGUUCAGACCACCUUAUUAACCGGCAUGUCCAUCCUUCUGCCUUCUUUUCACCCAUGGAAAGAGAACCAGGAAAAGGUUUUAUGUCAUUGUCUACCCAAAGCUUCCCAGCCAGGACAUGGCAAACGCAAGAUCAGCCCAGUGGUGGAACGUCCACAACAGCUACAGCAUCGCCACUGCUCUCAAAUGCAGCAUCAUCAGGAUUCUCACACUCAUCUACACACCCGCCUUCUUCAUCCUACUCAUCCCUUCCUCAAUCUAAAUAUGCCCGGUCUCUAUCUCAUUCACCCAUCUGAGUACGCAUCUCAACACCAAGACCACCACCAUGACAUUAACCGCUCACAACCACCACCAUAGAUUCUUGAUUCCUCCACCAAACUGAAGGUUCCAAACAUGGCUGAAAGUUGGAGCAACUUGAACUUGCCAAUCCCUAAGAUAUAUAUUUGCCAUUGUUGGCUUCUCAUUCUUCUUUUGAUUUGUAACAUAAAGCCCCAGGGGGUAAUUACAAAAUAGAAACCCAAACCCACCCCAUUUGUCAUAGUACUAUGAUGUCUCUGAGAUUGAUAACCGUGUUCAAACUCAAUGCUAUCUAUUUGUAUGAAUAUACUGUGAGUGAGACUUUUCCUAACUCGUCG